AUGGUAUGUCCACAGUCUGCCGAAAAUUCACGCCAGCUAAUUAUUGAACCGAAGCCAAUCCGACCUUACUCGUUCACUGAUGGAAUUACUCUUUAUCAGCCUGCUCUCACUUGCUCAAUUCUUCCGAGCAGAGGAGCAGCAGCAGGUAAUGCUUCAAUAUCACUCAAAAACUGCUUGGCUGUCUUCCCCUUAAUAUGCACCAUCUGCAGCCCAGAUACCUCCACCAGCGCUUUCUUCCCACUUCUCAAUUCACGUCUGACAAACGACUCCUCUCCAGACGAAUCAUGGUUGUCGCACUACACAGACUCACGAGAUGGAGUUGAGUUGCCAUCGCUGGAAUCUGAAGAUAUUGAUUCACCGAGCGUUUGUGGAAUUUGUAACGACCGCUCGUCGGGAAUGCACUAUGGGAUUUACACAUGUGAGGGAUGCAAGGGCUUCUUCAAAAGAACUGUGCAAAAUAAACGCAUAUACUCUUGCGUUGGUGCAGAUGGAGCAUGUCCUAUGACAAAAGAACAUAGAAAUAGGUGUCAAUUCUGCCGAUUUCAAAAAUGUCUCCAGCGAGGAAUGGUUUUGGAAGCUGUUCGCGAAGAUCGCAUGCCUGGUGGGAGAAAUGGAAGCACUGUGUACAACCUAUACAAGGUUUCUCUCCAGAGUAACGCAGAUGAUAUGGCUGGUCUAGAGGGGUUAUUGAGAACGCUGAACAUGGAUGUCAUAUCGAUUUUGUACGAUCCCAAAAAUCCACGAAAAGGCUCUAUCAUGCGAAAUGAACGCAAUAUUUUACUAUCCAAUAAAACGUCUCAGAUCCGAGUGAUGCACCAUGUGCAGCACGUCAGAAAUUUGUUGAAUACAUUCACAUACUGCACGGAUACAUUCUUUAUGAAGAAACGCUGUAUUCCCCUCUUACGAACGAAAACGCCGUAUGACUUCUCUUUUCAGGAGCUGAUUGAGAUUGAUCAAAUCGAAAAGCUCAUCGAUCUGCGAGGCUUGAGAAUUCUUCCGAUAAAAGACAGCUGCGAAGAAUUAGCUCCCGCGUGCCAGCGUCUCAGUCGAAUCGGAGACGAAAUCGUUGAACAGUUAGUGGAGUGGACAAAGAUGUUACCCUUCUAUGGCGAGCUACCGGUAGAAGUGCACACCCAUCUUUUGACCCAGCGAUGGGCCGAAUUGGUGCUGUUGUCAGCUUGUUUUUAUUCAUGUUCCAACGCCACACAAGUUGCCGAUGAUGCUGUCGUGUCCACCACAAUGGCCGAUGGUGACGAAGAGGUCUCGUUCUUGGAUUCUGCUGCCAACAUUCGUCUUCUUCAAAAACGUCUAUCAGCUGUGAUGGGAAAACCGAUACCGCUCGAACAUGUAAUCAAGGAAGCCGGUCCACUCGUUGAGAAGUUCACCACCCUGCUUUAUUCGUUUUCGAAAAUGAGGAUAACUACGGAGGCGUAUGUUUGUAUCAAGGCAAUCACGCUUUUUCACUACAAUAGGAACCCAGAGUGGAGUAAUAGCAAUCAUUUGGACAAACCGCAAUUUCUACAGAAGGUCACGCUUAUUCAAGAUCAAUUCGUCAAAGCUCUACAAAUCCAUCUCAUUCAAAAUGAAGAGGCGGCGCGUUUGAGCGAUAUUCUCACAUGGCAACCACUUUCUGUAAGUGUUAAUAACCUAAUACAACAAAAAAAAAUUUUUUAUGUAAAGUCAACAAUUUCUGAAAAAAAAGUAAAAUUGAACUGUAGCAACGAAUGCGAUCGACGUUGA